CAGGAGGAAGGCAGCUGCGGUUGCUAGGCAGCGAGGUGUGGGCGGUGCGAGCCUGACAGGGGGCGGGGCGGGUGAGCGAGGCGAGCGUCCUGCAUCCCUCUCCGGCUCCAAACGCUGCUGCUGUCGCCGCCACGGCACCUGAGACGUCGUCCGCUGCCUCCUAGAUCCGCCGAGCGGCGCCACCGCCGCCGCCUUCCCCUGCCACCAUGGCUGGGGCUGCCAGGCUCCAUUCUCCUGCGGCGACCGCCGGGUGCUCGUGCCUCCCUGGCAGAGUCGGGCGGAGGCGUCGGCCCCCCCUUCGGCUCGCUUUCUUGCUUCUGUUCUGGGCAGGUGCUGCGGCUCAAGGGGAGAAUCUACACGUCUGCAAAGAGUCAGAAUACCAUUAUGAAUACACAGCAUGCAACAGCCUAGGCUCCAGAUGGAGAGUAGCUGUGCCACACACCGCGGGACUUUGCACUGGCCUGCCAGACCCCAUCAAAGGCACAGAGUGCUCUUUUUCCUGUACAGCAGGCAAAUUCUUGGAUAUGAAAGAUCAGUCCUGCAAGCCAUGCGCAGAAGGCACGUAUUCUCUGGGGACCGGUAUCAGGUUUGACGAAUGGGAUGAGCUGCCCCAUGGUUUUGCCAGUGUAGCAACCAAUCUUGAAAUGGAUUCCAGCCUCUCAGAGUCCUUAGGAAACUGCACCAUGUCAACGUGGGUUCCUAAGGGAGAUUACAUUGCUUCCAACACAGAUGAGUGCACAGCCACUUUGAUGUAUGCCGUUAAUCUCAAGCAGUCUGGCACAGUCUCCUUUGAGUACAUCUACCCAGACAGCAGCAUUGUCUUUGAGUUCUUUAUUCAGAAUGACCAGUGCCAGCCAACAGUAGAGGAGUCACGGUGGAUGACAACCACAGAAAAAGGAUGGGAGACACACAGUGUUAAACUAAAUCGAGGCAACAAUGCCCUGUAUUGGAGGACAACAGCCUUCUCUGUGUGGUCCAAAACUCCCAAGCCUGUGUUGGUGAGGAACAUUGUGAUUACAGGAGUGGCAUACACUUCCGAAUGCUUUCCGUGCAAGGCAGGCACCUAUGCAGCCAAAUCAGGUUCUUCUUUCUGCCGACAGUGCCCAGCAAACUCCUUCUCCAGCAAGGAAGCAACUGUCUGCCAACAGUGUGAGCCAACAACAUACUCAGAACCAGGUUCCUCAUCAUGCAAGCCUCGUCCAGCCUGUACUGAUAAGGAUUAUUUUUAUACUCAUACAGCCUGUGACACAAAUGGAGAUACUCAGUUAAUGUAUAAAUGGGCCGAGCCAAAGAUCUGCAGCGAGGACCUCCCUAAUGCUGUAAAGUUGCCUCCAUCAGGUGUAAAAACUGUUUGUCCACCUUGCAACCCAGGGUUUUUCAAGACAAAUGCAAGUUCCUGUGAGCCCUGUCCAUAUGGAACAUAUUCGAAUGGGUCUGGUUGCAUCAACUGCCCUGUUGGGACUGAGCCUGCACUAGGCUUUGAGUACAAAUGGUGGAACACAUUGCCAACUAACAUGGAAACAACAGUCCUCAGUGGAAUCAAUUUUGAAUAUAAGCAGAUGACAGGGUGGGAAGUUGCUGGCGACUACAUCUAUACAGCAGCAGGAGCUUCUGACAAUGAUUUCAUGAUUUUGACGUUGCUGAUUCCUGGAUUCAGUCCCCCACAAACGGUGAUGGAGGACUUGGAAAAUAAGAAGAUAGCAAAAAUUACAUUUGUCUUUGAAACCAUCUGCAGUGUGAAUUGUGAACUUUAUUUCAUGGUGGGUGUGAAUUCCAGAACUAACACACCUGUGGAGACCUGGGUUGGUUCUAAAGGAAAGCAGUCCUACACUUACAUCAUUGAGAAGAACGCAACGAUGAGCUUCACAUGGGCCUUCCAAAGAACAGCAUAUCAUGAGGCGGGAAGAAAAUACACAAACGAUGUUGCCAAGUUGUACUCCAUCAAUGUGACCAAUGCCAUAGAUGGUGUAGCUUCCUACUGCCGGCCAUGUGCUCUAGAAUCCUCAGGCUCAUCCUGUACUUCCUGCCCCCAUGGUCACUACAUUGACAGAGAUGCUGGCAGCUGCUAUCCAUGUGCAUCAAAUACUUACCUGAAAGCCCAUCAGCCUUAUGGCAAGCAGGCUUGCAUCCCUUGUGGCCCUGGCACAAAAAACAACAAGAUCCAUUCUCUUUGUUACAAUGACUGUCACCUCUCAAUUACCUUGAGGGGCAGGACUUUGGAGUAUGAUUUCUCGGCACUGGGCAAUACCACAUCCUUUUUAGCAGGGCCAAGCUUUACUUCAAAAGGGCUAAAAUAUUUUCAUCACUUCAACAUCAGCCUUUGUGGGAAUCAUGGAAGGAAGACAGCUAUCUGCACAGAUAAUGUCACAGAUAUACAUAUUCUUGGCAAGGAAACAGAGUUCUCCAAAUCAAUUUCCACCUAUGUAUGCCAGUCCAUCAUUGUUCCCUCUGAUGUGGUGGGUUACAAAACAGUGGUGUCCUCACAGCCUGUGAGCCUCGCAGACCAUUUUAUAGGGGUAACAACCUCACCCACACUGGACAAUAUCACCUCACCUGCUGACUAUUUCCGUGCUGAGAAUGUGGGCUUACCAGAUGUGAUAUUCUUUUAUAGAUCAAAUGAUGUGACCCAGACUUGUAGUGAUGGGAGAGCCACUGCCAUCAGACUGAGAUGUGAUCCUCUAAAGACCCAGACUGGAAUUCUUUCUGUGCCAAGCAAAUGUCCUGAUGGAACCUGUGAUGGAUGCACUUUCCAUUUCCUAUGGGAGACGGUCGAAGCCUGUCCCCUGUGUUCUAAAGAUGAUUUCCAUGCUAUCACCAGUUCCUGUGUUGGAGGGAUUCAGAGAACUACAUAUGUAUGGCGGGAACCAAAGCUGUGUGCAGGUGGCAUUUUUCUCCCAGAACAAAAAGUCAGCAUCUGCAAAACCAUGGAUUUCUGGUUGAAAGUGGGCAUUUCAGCUGGGACUUGUGCUGCUAUUUUGCUGACUGUCAUGACAUGCUAUUUCUGGAAGAAAAACCAAAAGUUGGAGUAUAAAUAUUCCAAACUGGUGAUGAAUGCCAGUGCCAAGGAUAAUGAGCUGCCAGCUGCUGAUAGUUGUGCCAUCAUGGAGGGGGAAGAUGCAGAGGAUGACCUGAUAUUUACAAGCAAGAAUUCUCUCUUUGGCAAAAUAAAGGCAUUCACUUCAAAGGCACCUCUUAAGUACAGUCAGGCAUGGCAGGAGUCUGUGUGUAGGGAUGUUCUCAAUAAACUAAGAGGAAGAGUCUUCCAGAGAACAUCUGAUGGUUUUGACUCCGUGCCACUGAAGACCUCCUCUAGCACCACUGACAUGGACCUUUAGGAGCAGAUUGCCCACCUCCCAUAUCCUUCCUGCAGGAUGCUUUGGGAGUUCUCCUUGGUUAACAUCUGCACUUUGAUGAACUUGCCAUGUGGCCUUAUUGGAUACUCUUUUAACUUUAGCUUCUUAUUGUACCUUUUUUAAGCCGAAAAUUUUAACAUUUCCUCCAAAAGCAAAACUGUGCCAAAUACACAUGUGCUUUUAAAAUUA